GGUUGGGUGCAUUAACAGCAGAGCGACUGGAUCCUGACCGUUGUUGUUGUCAGCCUUCCGGAAAGAAAAGAUAAAUGAUUUAGUCUUAGCACGACAAGAAAUUUAAGAUUACAUUGAUUUGACCUUGGAUCGUUUUUCGAAUUUGGUCGAGUCGCUUUACUAUAGGCGACUUGGUCAGACAUUUUUAUCUCAGUUUGUCAGAUACUGAAGUAGGUCAAAAGGGAUGCCGCUGCAGUCGAUAUCAGACGGAUUCAGAGUCAGACCAUCUUUGGAUUUAAUGUCGUCGCAUGUAAUUGGAAAGAGUAGUUUUUCCAUAAAAGUACACAAUCCCAUAAGAAGUCAAUCUCGACCGAGUGUAUUUGAAAAGUGUUUAAUUUCAAAGUGAUUUCAGUUUGUCAAACCCGCAAGCUAGCAGCAAGCUAACGGUAACCAGGAAGCCGAUUAUAUACAAACAAAGACGUAAAAACUUGUCUUUGGCAAACCAAAGUUUUAAAGCUACGCCGACUGCCUAAAGAUUUAAACGUAAACGUGAAUAUUGGCAGCUAUGAAACUUUUGGAAAACUCGAGUUUUGAAGCCAUGAGCUCCCAUCUCUGUGUUGAAACAGGAGAAUCUCACAUCAUUGGCAGGAUUGAGAGCUACUCUUGCAAGAUGGCCGGGGACGACAAGCAUAUGUUCAAGCAGUUCUGCCAGGAGGGGGAGCCACAUAUCCUGGAGGCCCUUUCCCCCCCGCAGACCAGCGCCACCAGCCCCCCUCAGCUGGGGAAGAGCAGCGAGGACGGGGAAAACCCGCUGAGCGACAAGUGCUGCAGGAAGACCCUGUUCUACCUCAUCACCACGCUCAACGAGUCCUUCAGGCCCGACUACGACUUCAGCGCCGCCAAGGCCCACGAGUUCAGCCGGGAGCCCAGCCUCAACUGGGUGGCGAACGCGGUGAACAGCAGCCUGUUCUCAGCUGUGGGGGAGGAGUUCAACGCCCUGGGGCCUGAGCUGUGGAAUGACAUCGACCAAGAAAUCCACCUGCAGAGCUGUGACAUUUACAGCUACAACCCAGACUUGGACUGUGACCCCUUCGGCGAGGAGGGCAGCCUCUGGUCCUUCAACUACUUCUUCUACAACAAGAAGCUCAAGAGGAUUGUCUUCUUCACCUGUCGCUCUGUCAGGUCAGCAUUCUCAGUGUGUCCUGAGUGGAUGGGGUCGCGGUUGCAUGGACAACGAGCUGGACAUGGAGUUGGAUGAUGAGGAGGAGAUGGAUGGAUUCACUGAGGACAGGUUCCCCAGACCCCUGUGUGUCUAGAAGACACUCCCUGGACCACCCCUCACUGUCUCUCUCAAAUCCGUUCCAGGACUCCUCUCUUCUCUGUUUCUGUGUUUAUUUUGUGUUCUUCUGUACUGUGCUAGUGUGGAAGCCACCAGACUACAUGAGUCCCACCUCUCAUCUGCGCUGGAUAACAGUGUACCAUGAAGGACAUUCUGGAAUGCCCACAGUACUUCUUCAUGAGAUCCCGUCAGCUUAAGCCCCUAUCGUUUGAGACCCCUCUCUCACACACACGCACUUGUUCCCACUGUGAUUGAGCACCGCCCACCCCUCUGAUCCCUCCACAUAAAGAUCUGUGGAAGGAGGAGCAUCCAGGAUCAGAAAACAAAACAAGCAAGCACCAAUCUCUUCCCAGGAAAUGAUGUCAUGACCUUGUGGAGGCAAACUUCACAACACCAGCAUCGGUGAAAUAAAAUGGAAGAAAAGGCGGCUAUUGUCUCUACUUUCAACCCCAUAUCAGUAACUAUACAGAGCCUCAGAGUUGGUGGGAUUGACAGACUGCACAGCUGAAUAAGAGUUGUUGAUUUUCGCUUCCGAUUUUUCGGUGGGCUUUUAUUUUUCACUAGCAACGUUACUGUGAGGACUUUAUUUUUUAGCACUGAGGUGAACAGUGGAAAUACAAUUCUGCAUUUCUGACCUGUAUGGUUUGAAUCUCAUUACCUGACUGCAUCUCCUGAAGGUGUGAUUUGGUAUAACACUGCCAAUGUGGGUAAUAUGAGGCAUCGGUUUUACAGCUUAUUAGAUAACAUAUCCCUUCAAGAGCCAAGGCCGUUGUGUGCCGAGUUAUCAUACUCAACACGUAAUAUCCGAAGCCCUAUUUUAGUUCAUAUCGUCUUUCUAAAUAAUUGACCCCCCUCGCUGCUUUAUUAAAAGUAUGUUUUUGUUCAUAUGUACAUUCACCUUUUUCCCUACUUUGAUUUAAGUGUGUGAAUGUACAUUCACAGUGAUGGUUGUCAACCUGUUUUACAGUAUUUGUAGAAAGAAAGAGCUAUUUUAUAUUUUCCCUGCAUACAUGUUAGUCUCCUGUGAUUUGACCCUUUCCUGUUUUUAUUAACAAGUGUAUAAUUCAGUAUAUUAUGUAAAUAAAGUUGUGUUUGAAC